CCCCCUCCGUUCUCCUCUCUUCUUUCUUGCUCUAUUCGUCUUUAUUUCUUCUUAUUUUUCUUUCUUCUUCUUCGUUUGUUUCCUGGUUCGUCUUUUUCUUCUUCUUCGUCGCUGUCUUCUUCUUCGUAUUUUUCUUCACCGACUGGUUGUCCUCCGCCCUACACCCCUGAACCUCGCAACGCCUCACUGUCUUCGGCCAUCGACCGCGCUCCACCGCUGCCCGCAGACGUCCUCAAACGCGAACCCUAGCUUUUUCUGUGUGUGAUACCCGCCAUUGAGGGACAACGUACUUUUGGGCAGAAGUCUAAGCGUCGAUCCAAACUUGCUGCAUAAUAGUUAUGGCAAGAACCAACCCUGAAAGGCAAUCUGUAUUGCAAGAGGUUGGAGGUUCACCACUCUGACGGGUCACAAGAGCCCUUGCACGCAGCAGCCCCAAGACAACCAAUCACCCGGAGGUUAGUGCACCCUCUCCACCGAAGCAAGUUGGUUCUAAACGGAUGACCACUAGACGCAAGGGUGCCCAUGUCUCACCUCUUUUGGACCGCUUAAAAUCAAUUACCGAAGAGUGGGAGAGAGAGCGGGAUGCUCGGACGGCAGCAAGGGUAGAUGCAUCCUCCGUUCGACGUCCUUUAUUGCAGGAUUCACAAAAGCCAGAGCAAGUAAUAUUGAUUGUUAGAUACGCCUAAUAAAUUCCUUGCCUUGCUACAAUGAUACAUCGAAACUCGUAACACCACAUGAGUAAAAUAUUGCAGACGGUGAUCGGCGAUAUGAUUGAUGAUGAUAUGAUAGGCCCUACACAGGGGACGGAAACAACUGGCCCCAUUACGUUGGGAAUAAACCAUGCACCAGUGGCUGAAAUCGAAGAACCUCCGGAAAUGGAUGAAGAUGAUCUCACCUAGAGGGAUGAACCAGCUGAGACGGAAGAUCCAAUAACAGAAACUAAAAGGGGGCGGGGAGCGGCCAAGAUGCCUCGUGGAUGGGGUGGGGACACCCCAAUGACUGUGUUUAUGGCCAGGGAUGGCAGAAGCAUCAUCGGGCCAGAUGUGAAGGAUUACAAAAGUGGAGUUAAAGUCAUCGCCAGAAAUGGGAUGUGUCUUCCAUUACGGUAUUCGAGUUUCCAAGCAAUUCCCGAACAAUUGUGGCAAGGUGCAUGGAUUGAGAUACGGGACAAUUGUGGGCUUCCGGAUUCGGCAGAGAAGGUCGUUAUGGCUGACCUGAAGGAUGUCUGGCGCCAUUGGAAAUGCAUCAUCAAGUCUACAUACUUCGCACCACACCAGAAUGACGACGAAACAUUGAAGAAAGUCCCCACCGAUCGGAUUGUCGCUGAAGAAUGGCCGUUGCUUGUCCAGUAUUGGAAGGAUGAGAAGGUUAAGGAUAUUGCAAGGAGAAAUACCAAUAACUCCAUCAAAAGAAAGUUUCCGCACAGGAUUGGCCGGAAACCAUUCACAGCGUUGGCGGAUGAGAUAAAGGCAACAGGGAAAGAGCCUGAUAAUUUGGAAAUUUGGAUGUCGUCUCGCAUGAAUGGACGUGGUGGUGAUGAUGAGAUGACUGAUGAUAUUUUGGCUUAUUUGAAUGAUGAACUUAAUAAAAUUCUUAUUGAUAAAAGAACCCCGGCGGCUCGUGAGGCUUUGUACCGCCGUGCACUCGGGGGGAAAAGGAAUAGAAAAACAACUGUUGAUAGUGCUGCCAGCUCUGCCUACCCCCGGAGUCAUUUGACUAGAGGGCCCGAGGGUCCUGAUCUCUGAAAGCUUGCUGAGGACUAUCAGAAAGGCCUUGUUGAGAUUAGAGAAUUUAUGUCUGAAUUUAGGAGUGUCCGUGCUGAGAUGUCUGAAAUUAGAACCAUCCGUGCUGAGAUGUCUGCUUUGUUGAAUUCUUUCCCGCGUGCCUCCAUACGGGGCCCUGUAAGAAUGCAUAUCUCGUGUAUUAAUUAGUUUUGCAUUGUACCAUUUGGGGCGAGUCAUGUCGUUUCAUACUCACCUGUUUUGUAGUGUUCUAGCCCCACAGAUGGAAGGUCAGAGACCCCGGGGACUGAUGUCCUUACCCCGUUGACGAUCGGGUCUCAUAUUCUUCUCAUAUCUCGUGGUUUGGAAAAACGCGUUAUUGGUGAGGGGUUGUUACUAUCCGACCCUACCCCAGGUGACACUGUUGACAUAGUAAGGGUUUUUGUUACAUCUGCUACUGUUCCGGAGGCUGCGGUUAUUCUACGGACAACCUCCGGAGCAUAAACACUCGGUAAGGUUGUCCACGCCGAGCCAAUCGACUGGACAUUUAAAGAUCUUGUUCGUCGCCCGUAACUACGGUGUACGACCACUUUGACGGUGCAUGGGGCGUUGCAGCAUGGCAUGUGAUUCUAUGAUGAUUAACGUUUGUUUUUGGAUUGAUGCUAGCUGAGUCCUUUAUGUUGGUUGAACUUGAUGUCUCUGCUACAUUUUGUGUGUUUGUUGCUACGCUUUGCCAUAUAUGUUAGGCUAUAUUGUGAAAUAUUUAUAUUUCUACACAGUGCGUACUUGCUACAACUUAUGGUGAUACAGAAUUGCCGUAAUAUUUCCA